CUUCCUCCACCACCCACAACGUGAAGCCGUGAAUCGUGAUCCAAUCCUUUGCUGAUUUUCUAUUUAUACCCACCACGGAUCCAUCUCCUUAUCUCUGAUUCCUCGCGAUUUUCUCGUCUUCUAGUUUGAUCUUUCUUUCUCGACCCGAGAUGUCUGCCUACUGCGGCCAAUAUCAUGAUGAGCUUAUUGCCAAUGCUACUUACAUUGGCACCCCUGGCAAGGGUAUCCUUGCUGCUGAUGAAUCCACUGGCACUAUAGGCAAGCGCCUUGCAAGCAUCAACGUGGAGAAUGUGGAGGAGAACCGUCGUGCACUGCGUGAACUUCUCUUUUUGACUCCUGGAGCCCUCCAGUAUCUCAGUGGUGUGAUCCUCUUCGAGGAGACUCUCUACCAGAAAACUGCUGACGGCAAACCCUUCGUUGAUGUACUCAAGGAGGGUGGAGUCCUUCCAGGUAUCAAGGUAGACAAGGGCACUGUUGGACUUGCUGGCACCAAUGGUGAGACCACCACUCAAGGGCAUGAUGAUCUUGGCAAGCGCUGCAAGAAGUAUUAUGAGGCAGGGGCUCGUUUUGCCAAGUGGCGUGCUGUUCUCAAUAUUGGCCCCAAUGAGCCAUCGCAACUGUCUAUCGAUGCAAAUGCCAAUGGCUUGGCACGCUAUGCUAUCAUCUGCCAGGAGAAUGGACUUGUCCCAAUUGUAGAACCAGAGAUCCUUGUCGACGGGUCACAUGACAUUGAAAAAUGUGCUUAUGUUACAGAACGGGUGCUAGCUGCGUGCUACAAGGCCCUAAAUGAUCACCAUGUGCUUCUGGAAGGAACCCUCUUAAAACCAAACAUGGUGACUCCUGGGUCUGAAUCCAAAAAGGUGGCUCCUGAGGUGGUUGCUGAGUACACUGUGCGUGCUCUCCAGAGGACUGUUCCUGCUGCUGUGCCCGCCAUUGUUUUCCUUUCAGGAGGACAGAGUGAAGAGGAAGCUACCUUGAACUUGAAUGCUAUGAACAAGUUGAAGGGGAAGAAGCCAUGGUCACUUUCUUUCUCAUUUGGUCGUGCCCUGCAGCAAAGUACACUCAAGGCAUGGCAAGGGAAGGCAGAGAAUGUGGAGAAGGCAAGGACAGCCUUCCUUGGCCGGUGCAAGGCAAACUCAGAGGCAACUCUUGGCGUCUACAAGGGUGAUGCUGCUGGAGGUGAAGGCGUCUCAGAAAGCCUCCAUGUCAAGGAUUAUAAGUACUGAUCGAGCUUGUUCAUUUUGAAACUGAAUGUCAUGCGGAGGACAUGCAAGUUUGAGAUAUUCGCCAACCUAGGGAUCUUUUCUGUUGCUGCUUUAUGUGCUUCUAAAUAAGUAGGGUUGCAUUGUACCACUAAACUUAACAAUGCUUGGAUAUUUGUUCUUUUCACUGCACAUUUGUAUUCCCUACAUGACUGGUUUUGGUCAAGUUUGGUUCUGUUUGGUUCA